AUGACCAAAGGGAAGAAGUACCACCGUAAGUACCACCGUAAGUACCACCGUAAGUACCACCGUAAGUACCACCGUAAGUACCACCGUAAGUACCACCGUAAGUACCACCGUAAGUACCACCGUAAGUACCACCGUAAGUACCACCGUAAGUACCACCGUAAGUACCACCGUAAGUACCACCGUAAGUACCGUAAGUACCACUGUAAGUACCACCGUAAGUACCACUGUAAGUACCACCGUAAGUACCACUGUAAGUACCACCGUAAGUACCACCGUAAGUACCACCGUAAGUACCACCGUAAGUACCACCGUAAGUACCACCGUAAGUACCACCGUAAGUACCACUGUAAGUACCACCGUAAGUACCACUGUAAGUACCUAGAAGUACCACUGUAA